GCGGGGCGCGGAGGAGCCGGUGGGGGAGCCGGCGGGAGGAUCCGCCGGGAGGAUCCGCCGUGCAGUAAGAUCAACUGUAAAGAGGACUGAUGAGUGCUGGAGUUGGCACAAGCAUCUCAAGAGGAAAGAUCCGUUUUGUGUAGAAAUAAGUGAUUUCCAGAGGACAGCCCCAAUGACAGAACUGUCUGCACAUUUACCCCAGUUUCAGCAUGGGCAGCUGACAGAAAACUUCCCUGAUAACCACCUCAGCAAUACCCAAGAGUCCAUGGCCUCUGCUCUGUUUAAUACUGAUCAGAAUGACAACAGCGAAAGACGUCGCCAUGAUAAUAGUGAGCGCAGAAGAAAUGACAAUCCCGAGUCUGAGACCAAUGGGCAGCCACAGAACAAUCUUCAGCAAGUGGUGGAACAUGACGAAGAAGAAGAUGAGGAGCUGACACUGAAAUAUGGGGCAAAACAUGUGAUUAUGUUGUUUGUACCUGUCACACUUUGCAUGGUGGUCGUUGUUGCAACCAUCAAGUCUGUCAGCUUUUACACACGCAAGGAUGGACAGCUCAUCUACACUCCUUUCACAGAAGAGACAGAGACAGUAGGACAGAGAGCCCUGAAUUCAAUUCUCAACGCGGCUAUCAUGAUCAGCGUUAUCAUUGUCAUGACCAUACUCCUGGUUGUGCUUUACAAAUACAGGUGCUACAAGGUGAUCCAUGGUUGGCUUAUCAUUUCUUCUCUUUUGCUGCUUUUCUUUUUCUCAUUCAUCUACCUAGGUGAGGUUUUUAAGACUUACAAUGUUGCCAUGGACUACAUCACGGUGGCACUCAUGAUCUGGAACUUCGGUGUUGUGGGAAUGAUUUGUAUUCAUUGGAAGGGUCCGCUUCGGCUCCAGCAGGCAUAUCUCAUUAUGAUAAGUGCUCUCAUGGCCUUGGUGUUCAUUAAGUACCUUCCUGAAUGGACUGCAUGGCUUAUCCUGGCUGUUAUUUCAGUGUAUGAUUUGGUUGCUGUCCUAUGUCCUAAAGGUCCUCUUCGUAUGCUAGUUGAAACAGCUCAAGAGAGAAAUGAAACUCUCUUCCCAGCACUUAUUUACUCCUCAACAAUGAUAUGGCUAGUGAACAUGGCUGAGGAAGAUCCAGAAGCCCAACGGAAAGCAUCCAAAAACUCCACUUAUGAUAAACAAGCUCCGGCAAACCAGACUCAGAAUGAAGAUGCUGAAGCAGAUGAUGGUGGCUUUAGUCAGGAAUGGCAACAACAAAGGGACAAUAGAAUAGGACCCAUUGAAUCAACACCCGAAUCGCGUGCUGCUGUUCAGGCUCUACCCAGUAACUCUCAAACAAGUGAAGACCCCGAAGAACGAGGAGUAAAGCUAGGUUUAGGAGACUUCAUUUUCUACAGUGUCCUUGUUGGCAAAGCCUCUGCAACAGCAAGCGGGGACUGGAAUACAACUUUAGCAUGUUUUGUAGCCAUAUUAAUUGGUCUGUGCCUUACACUUCUGCUUCUUGCCAUCUUUAAGAAGGCCUUACCAGCUCUUCCAAUAUCCAUAACAUUUGGGCUAGUUUUUUACUUUGCUACAGAUAACUUGGUGCAACCCUUUAUGGACCAGUUAGCGUUCCAUCAGUUUUAUAUCUAGCAUACUUGAUGCUUGUAUUCUAUGGAUAUUUGUAGCAAAUCUGGGAGGAGAAAAAAUGUUUUCCCCUCAGUUCUCAAGUGAGACUGAAGUUUAAUACUCAAGAUUCCAAGCCUGAAUCAUUACAACUUCCUCCGAUGGUGGUUUGUUUGUUGUUCUCCUUUUUUUUUUUUUUUUUUUUCUCUUCCCUGAGACAACUGCUGCACUGGGCACCGUAUGAAUUUUCCUGUGUGAAAGUGGCUUCUUCCUGAUGGCCGGUCUAAACCGGGUGCUAUUAUAUCAGAGGUAAUCUGAUAUACAUAUCUCUGGUAAGGACCACCUGUGUGAAAAUUGCUAAUAUUUCCACCAGCAAUGUGAUCUCUUACCACAGGUUGAUUAUUUUCACAGCAUUAAGGGUGCUUGGGACUUCCUUGGUGUUAACAGAGGAAGCUGGCAAAUCACAUGGACCUUGUCCCUGUAACCGUUUGAAGAGAGAAAACCCAAUUCGGACUUCUUCAGCAGUGAUAUUUUGACAGUGGAGUCAUGACUCUUUAUGUAACAAGAAAGGACUUUGUAGCAAUUCAACAAAGGGAGAAAGUACUGUCACUCUGAGUGCUCCACCACUUCAUAGCCUCUGUGCCUGAGUGUGCUUGGUUAGUAAAUUUCAAAGCUUUUUUUUUUUUCCACACUGGAACCUAGAGCCUCUUCUCAGUUUUAAUACUUUGUAUCCUCAAGCAUGGAGCGCCCCUUCUGUAUAGGUGCUCCAGUUAAUGUAGCUAUUUAGACUUGGACUGAAUUAUUUCGCAUUAGUGGAUCAUAAGGUCCUAAUUUGGAUCUUAGAUUUUGAAAGGUAAAUAAACUACAUUAAAAAGCAAUUUCAGGACUUACUCUUUGUGCUCUUGCAAAUCAUUUUGCUAGAACACCAUUUCAAACCCUGUGUUUGAGAAUAGUCACUAACGAUAUGGACUGAAUUGUUGGUGUGUGUUCCUUCUAUUACAAUUCUUAUGAAAUAAGUAGACAUUUGCAGCAAUCCCAGGUGGAGUUUAGCUUGCCAGAUCGAGAGGCCAAAGUGCUAUUAGUAGCACUUCUAAUGCAUCACUAAAAUUUUUCCUCUUCAAAAAUGUCGUUUACAGUUCUGUGGACCUGAAGUAUUGGUCACUCAACCACCUAACACCUCAGGUUGGGCAGGGAUUUUUUUUUUUAGUGCAGUAUCUUUAUUGGUGAGGAUACUUAAGUUAGGUGAGACAUUACUUAAUGUUACCAAGGAGCAAAGUUUGUGGCCCUCUUCACUUUGUCUCUCCUGCGAGGAACCAAAGACUGGAGAAAUGAAAGACAACUCAAAAUCACUGAAAAAAAGAUGGGAGAUUUUUAACUUCUCACAAGAAAAAGGAUGGAUUCAAACCUUAAAACUGCUAAACUCUGUUUUCCUCUUCGUUUGAAAGAACUCAUCUAUGAAUAAUUGCUUGGAAAUGAGACUUGUGUGAGAUGAAGUUGUUUUUGCCGUAGGGUCUUACUCUGUACAAGUAAUUUUUUUCUGAGGGAAGCAUAGGGAGUGGAUACUGUUGACGGGCAUUCCAUUUUACUUGCAUCUUGAUACUGGAGUCCUUGCCAAGUAGAACAAUUGUCAAAAUCCUGAUGCAAACUCCUUUUACCCUUUUUCUGGGGCUUUGUUUCAGUGCUUAUAGAUUCAAAGGACUGAGAUAUCACAGAUGCUCAGCAACCAUUGCCCAAAUAAGGGAAGAAAGGCUGUGAUGUAUAAAUCUGCUUUAAAACCAAGAAAGGCUUACUUUGAUUGUCCUUGGAAACAUCUGUCUUUUCCAGUAUGACUUGCUAACUGUAGUGUCAGCGUUUACACUUUCAUAAAAUAUAUUGUCCUGUCUCCUCUAAAGUACUUUUAUUCAUCUCAUUUGUAUGCUGAUUCAUUGUGGGUAGCAUUAAUAAAAUAACCAUAUCAGAAUUGCUUACACUGA